UUGCGAAGAUGGCGACGGCCUUGGGCGAGGAGGAGCUGGACAAUGAAGACUAUUACUCGUUGCUGAACGUGCGCAGGGAGGCCUCCUCUGAAGAGCUUAAAGCUGCCUACCGGAGGCUGUGUAUGCUUUACCAUCCAGACAAGCACAGAGACCCAGAGCUCAAGUCACAAGCGGAGCGACUAUUUAACCUUGUUCACCAGGCUUAUGAAGUGCUUAGUGAUCCCCAAACCAGGGCCAUCUAUGAUAUAUAUGGGAAGAGAGGACUGGAAAUGGAAGGAUGGGAGGUUGUGGAAAGGAGGAGAACACCUGCAGAGAUCAGAGAAGAGUUUGAGCGUCUGCAGAGAGAGAGGGAGGAGAGGAGGCUGCAGCAGCGAACCAACCCCAAGGGAACGAUCAGCGUUGGAGUAGAUGCCACUGACCUUUUCGAUCGCUAUGAUGAGGAGUAUGAAGAUGUAUCUGGAAGUGGCUUUCCGCAGAUUGAAAUUAAUAAAAUGCACAUAUCCCAGUCCAUUGAGGCACCCUUGACAGCUACAGACACAGCCAUCCUCUCUGGAAGCCUCUCAACCCAGAAUGGGAAUGGAGGGGGUUCCAUUAACUUUGCGCUCAGACGAGUCACUUCUGCGAAGGGAUGGGGAGAGUUGGAAUUUGGAGCUGGAGACCUACAGGGGCCUUUAUUCGGUCUCAAGCUGUUCCGUAAUCUCACACCAAGAUGCUUUGUGACGACAAACUGUGCUCUGCAGUUUUCAUCCCGUGGAAUUCGGCCUGGCCUUACCACUGUCCUAGCUCGGAACCUAGACAAGAACACUGUCGGCUACCUGCAGUGGCGCUGGGGAAUCCAGUCGGCCAUGAACACUAGCAUCGUCCGGGACACUAAAACCAGCCACUUCACUGUGGCUCUGCAGCUGGGAAUCCCUCACUCCUUUGCACUGAUCAGCUAUCAGCACAAGUUCCAAGACGACGAUCAGACGCGCUUGAAAGGAUCCCUCAAGGCAGGCUUCUUUGGGACGGUGGUAGAGUACGGGGCCGAGAGGAAGAUCUCCAGGCACAGUGUUCUGGGCGCAGCUGUCAGCAUUGGAGUCCCACAAGGCGUUUCCCUCAAAGUCAAGUUAAACAGGGCCAGCCAGACUUACUUCUUCCCUAUUCAUCUGACGGAUCAGCUGCUUCCCAGUGCUGUGUUCUAUGCCACUGUGGGGCCUCUCGUGGUCUACUUUGCUAUGCACCGUCUGAUCAUCAAACCAUACCUCAGGGCUCAAAAAGAGAAGGAAUUGGAGAAGCAAAGGGAAAGCACCGCCUCUGACAUACUACGGAAGAAACAAGAGGCAGAAGCUGCUGUGCGGUUGAUGCAGGAAUCUGUCCGAAGAAUAAUCGAGGCAGAAGAGUCCAGAAUGGGCCUCAUCAUCGUGAACGCUUGGUAUGGGAAAUUUGUCAACGACAAGAGCAAGAAGAGUGAGAAGGUGAAGGUGAUUGAUGUGACAGUGCCCCUGCAGUGCCUGGUGAAGGACUCGAAGCUCAUCCUUACGGAGGCCUCCAAGGCUGGGCUGCCUGGGUUUUAUGACCCGUGUGUGGGUGAAGAGAAGAACCUGAAAGUGCUUUAUCAGUUCCGAGGUGUCCUGCAUCAGGUGAUGGUGCUGGACAGUGAGGCCCUCCGGAUACCAAAGCAGUCUCACAGGAUUGAUACAGACGGAUAAACUGCUCGAGGACCAGAUUAAAAAGCAGCUGCAAAAAAAUCUUUUCCUGGGAGUCUACAAAUUUGGAAGCAGGGAAGAACCCAGACAUGAGAUGUUUUUAUUUUAUAUUAUUCCCAUAGAAGGUGGCACCCUAUCACUUAUGUGAAGGGACACACAGACACCCCAGCUUUCAUGGGUGCUGUAGGUAGGAUGGAGGCAGCCCCACCUGGACCAGACCACAGCAGGGCCCAUGGCUGUCUUCCCAAGGAUCAUGUUCCUGGAGCGAAGGACCUUGGGCCCAUGGACUCUUCCAGGUCGCUCCCCGGGUUUCCCAGUAUGUGUGCUGGCACAGCCUGCCUCCCAUAGUUCCUGGUUCUGUCUGGAGGUAUUUAUGGAACACCCUGCCCUCACACAUAGGACUGUGAACUACUUUUCCUCAAAUGCACACUAAACAUGGAAAACAAAAUGGAAAGGAAGGCAGGCGUUUUCACAUGCCGAGGCCUCCAGAUAAAGGGAGCAUCUGUUCAGUCGACUUCCCACAAACCACGUUAUUUCUGCUGAAAUAUUACUAAGUGAAUCUGGAGAGGAGUGUGGGUUUAUAAAACUGCUUUUUAUCUGAGAACAAACAGGUUUGGAAAUUAGUCUUUUUUCCCCACUCCCAGAGCUUAUCAAAAAUCAUUCCACCGGCUCCUGGCUUGGGACAGAGUGGCAUAAGUCCUGGUCCUGAAGACCUUCCCUGUUACCAGUCGCUUCCCAUAUCCCUGUGGGAAGAGACCCUACUGCCAGCCAGCGGGUGCAAGCUGAUCUAUGUCCCUGUCACCCUACGACACAGCGCAGCUUGGCCUGCCUGUGCCCACCCCGGCUAGAGUGCAGGGCUGGAAUGAGGAAAGGGCAAAAUGUAGACGAAGUGGGGGUGAGGCCCGGGCUCAGACAAGCGCUCGAUCCCAAGGUGCGGGCACCACGGCCACAGCCCUUCCUCCUGGACUCCCUUCACUGGCCUGCUGUGUGGGUACAGAACGGCGUAAGAGCUGGGAUGCCCCCGAGCAGCCUGCCCUGCAGUGGAAAACAGUUCGGAUGAGCAGCGGAAAACAGUUCGGAUGAGCGGAGGCCUGUCGCGUGGGUCCUGGAAUUGCAGUGGUCACUUGCUGACCUCCAAGCAGGUGCUGCGUGGGCAGUGGUUGUGACAGCUGGAUCUGGAGGCUGGCACCCACUUUUGGCCUGCAGCUGUUGCCAAAUUAAGGCCUCCCUCUCAGGCCCCUGUAUCAGAGUAAUUGCUAAAUAGCCUCUUCCUCCAGUUAAAAGCAGUUCAGGCUGUCUAAUUCUGUAGUAUUUAUCUCCAUUUAAAAAAGAAGGCUGGCCAGUUCAGUUGGUCAUAGUGAGGUGCUGUAACACCAAGAUCAAGAGUUUGGAUCCCCAUACCGGCCAGCCACCAAAAGAAUAGAAAAAGAAAAGGACAAGGAAGUUCUCAGGCUGUCCCCCUGACUGAGCCGUGCAGUAAAAAUCAUGUUGCAUGAACCCCGACUUGGAACGCGGCCCUGUGCAUCCUCUGCCAUGGGAGGUUCUUUUGGGCACCAAUCCUCUCUUUUGUUUGAAGUUGACUGUACAGGAGGCACUCUCUUACCACAAUAAACCUUUCCUGAAAGCUGA